AUGGCAAGCAACGAGGAUACUGACGAUCUGUACGCCGAUCUCUACGGCGACGAUGGCUCGGGAGAUGUGGUCGAUCUCGGCGGCAACGGCGACGACAAGGCCAAUGCCAGUGACGAGCAAGACCUCAUUGGCUAUGACGAAGACGACAAGACUGCUGGUGCGACGGGCAUAAACGACAACGGCACCACUGACGACAAGACUGAGGCGAAGUCAGCGGCGGCUCCCAGCACCGGCUCGUUCAUCCCUCCGCCCUCUUCCGCUCCAGCGCAGUCGGGCGCCGGUUUGCAGAUCAAAGGAAGCUUCAUCCCUCCCCCGGCAGCGAACAGCUCGUCUGCUCACUCGCAGAGUGACAUUCGAGACCUAACUCCGGCGAGUCACAAUGCCGCUUCCAAUGAUGGGCAGGCCUCCCAUGCGGCGCAAGGAGGGUAUGAGGGUCACAAUGGACAGGAUGCGGGGGCUGACGGCCAAGGCCAUGGUGAUCGACCUAUCCAGCCUCACGAGAUGCCUGAAGAAGGAAAGAUGUUUGUCGGCGGUCUGAACUGGGACACUACUGAAGACUCCCUCCGACGAUACUUCUCGCAAUUCGGAGAGGUGGGUCACUGCACCGUCAUGCGCGACAAUAUGACGGGUCGUUCGCGCGGCUUUGCCUUUCUCAACUUUGUCGAUCCUAAGGCGGUCAACACCGUCAUGGUGCGCGAGCACUAUCUCGAUGGUAAAGUAAUCGAUCCGAAGCGAGCCAUUCCUCGACCGCAACAACAGCAGCACACAUACAACAACCGGGGCUACAACAACAACAACAACUUUGGCGCUAGCAACUCCUCUGACGGUUCAAACCAAAAGCUCUUUGUCGGUGGUCUGCCCCCUUCCGUGACCCCGACCUCAUUCCGCACGUUCUUCGAGCAAUUCGGCGUUCUCGCGGAGUGCACGUGCAUGAUGGAUCGCGAAACGGGCAAUCCGCGCGGGUUCGGCUUUCUGACCUACGCAGACGAUUCGUCCCUCCAACACGUGCUAAGCAUCCGACCGCUGGUGUUUGACGGCAAGGAGGUGGAUGUCAAACGGGCGCAGUCGAAGAACGAUCCGCAGUCGCUGCAGAUUCGACGCCAACAACGAUUUGAGAAUCCGGAGAUGAUGCAACAGGGUGCGGGCACAGGAGCCAACCGCUUCGGUAUGGGCAACGGAGGAGGGAACAACUUCAACAGCAAUGCGUGGGCGGGGAUGAAUCCGAUGAUGAUGGGCAUGAUGGGCGCCGGAACGGGAGCGGAUAUGACGCAGAUGUACCAAAGUAUGGGGUGGGGAAACCCGCAAAUGGCCUGGCAACAGAUGAUGGCCAGCAUGGCAGGGCAGACUGGGGCGAGUGGAGGAAUGGACAUGGGUGCCAUGAUGAACAGCAUGGGCAUGGGCGGAAUGGGCAUGAUGGGCGCCAUGGGGAAUGGAAGUCCACCAAGUGGGAAUGCGAUCAGCCCGACGCCGGCCAAUGCACAGAAGGCGCCGACGAGCACUGGCGAGGAGAGAGGUGGGAGCGGUGGCCCGGUGCCAACAGGACCGGCGGCGUCGAGGUACCAGCGUGGAGGAGGUCAUAUGGCUGGCGGCGGUCGCAUUCCGACAGGACCCGCCGCGGAUUAUAACAGGGAGAGGUCGCCAAGGGGAGGUGGCGGUGGUAGUUAUCAGAGAGAGCGCAGCCCGAACAGGAGGGAUGACCGGCGGUACGAUGGUGGCAAUCGCAACCGCUACUGA